AUGCCGGUCUCAAAGCGAAACAAGGUGGUUUCACUGACGAAAGUAAAGAAACAGAAGAAUAGCGAGCGGGGCAGGGAGGUGAAGGAGCAGUGGAUGGACAGCGUACGAAGCGUCUGUGAAGAGGAGAACCAGCAUGUUUACCUCGUCGAGUUCGUGAACCAGAGAAAUUCUCUGCUCAAGCUGGUCAGGGACCUGAUCAAGCCAGGCAGGUUCGCUGACAAGCUGCAGGCUCUGCUGCGCAAGGUCCAGGCAAAAGAAUUCGCCAGGGCGGGUUUUGUCGCCACCCAGAGCAUGCAGCUGAAGGAGGGUUCCGACGCUCUUGCCCAGUUUCCGCACUCGCUAGAGCAGCGUUUCCGGUCUCUAGGUCUGCCCACCCUUCUGAAAGACGGCAAAAUUCUUCUUCUGGGCGACUACACAGUGUGCACAAAGGGAGAACCUCUGACUCCCGAACAGGCACAAGUGCUCAAACACCUGGGAGUCAAGAUGGCCGAGUUCCACAUUAAACUUCUUGCUGAGUGGCACCAAGGGCGCUACCGCGCAGUGAACGACAUUACCGUCUGA